AUGGCUGCCGCGAAAGCAGCUGGAUGCCCCAACCACCUCGCAGUUGAUGUUUUUGAUAUAAAGGCUUGGGUUGAGUAUGUUGUGGAAUGGGCUACAGAGGACCCAUAUGGCCUCCCUAUAACACUUAUUUUGGCUCUCACUGCACUGUUCUUAGCAAGUGCUGUACUGUCCUGGAAAUUGGCCAAGGUGAUUGAGCCCAGGAAGAAGGAUCAAAAGAAGAAACAAAAUCAUCAGGAAAAUAUUGCAAAAACUAAAUGA